AUGAUCACUGGACAGCCUUGUCUUGAAACCUCGACCUCGACCUAUCCCAAAAUCCCUUCCAACGACUCAACACCUACGCCAUCCUUAGUGACCCCAACUAACCCCGACUCUGAUGCAGCAUCACUCUCGGUCAGGACAGAGGUGCUUAUACCUGCGCCCGCUAAGAAGAAGGCUCGUCGACCAAGUGUGAAACCGAUGCGUAUUGGCACAAAAGUAACGCCUGGAAAUCUGUGUGCGCAGACACCAAGCCGAUGA